AUGGGUGCACCGCUGGGAGAUUUGAAAGACCAGAAACGCGAGGAGUGCCGAGCCGCAAAACUUGCUUGCGACCCGGCGCUGGUGGUCCCGGCCGGCAAGCGAGCGCAGAGCGCGCAAAGCCGCGCAACCCCCGGGAAGCGCCGGAAAACGCCCGUGGCCAGCGAGAGACAGCCGCCUGCUGAUGUGGGACAGAAGUGCCUUCCUUUCAAAUCCACCUUCGCUCCCAACCUUCAGGCCGCGUCCCCGAUGAAUCAUCAGCUCGAUUUAGGGACGCACCGGCGCGAGUUUGAAUCCGAGGGAGCCAGGGCCUUCUCCGGAGCCCAACCCGGGGAGCCGGGCAAGACCGAUCCCUCGCCGAGUUUCCUCCGGGGAUCUUCAAGCACCCCGCUCGGCGUCCAGAGUCAAGCCAUGGAGCCAGCCUUCGGGGAGGUCAACCAGCUUGGCGGAGUCUUCGUCAACGGCCGCCCCUUGCCCAACGCCAUCCGGCUUCGGAUUGUGGAACUAGCUCAGCUGGGCAUCCGACCAUGCGACAUCAGCCGGCAGCUGCGCGUCUCCCAUGGGUGUGUCAGCAAGAUCCUGGCGCGCUACAAUGAGACCGGCUCCAUCUUACCCGGGGCCAUCGGAGGUAGCAAGCCGCGUGUCACCACGCCGACAGUGGUGAAGCACAUCCGGACUUACAAGCAAAGGGAUCCUGGCAUUUUUGCUUGGGAGAUUCGGGACCGGCUGCUGGCCGACGGCGUGUGCGACAAGUACAACGUGCCCUCUGUCAGUUCCAUUAGCCGGAUUCUGCGCAACAAGAUUGGGAACCUUUCUCAGCAGAAUCACUACGAGCCUUACAAGCAGCACCAGGCAGCUCCCCAGCCGGCCCUGCCUUACAACCACAUCUACUCUUAUCCCAGCCCCAUAGCUGCAGCAGGUGCCAAGGUCCCCAGCCCACCUGGCGUGCCGACCAUCCACAGCACCGUCCAUAUGCCUCGGACCUGGCCCUCCUCCCACUCCGUCACUGACAUCUUGGGAAUUAGGUCCAUAACCGAUCAAGGUGUGAGUGACAGCUCGCCCUAUCACAGCCCCAAGGUGGAAGAGUGGAGCAGCCUGAGCAGAAGCGGCUUCGCGGCCACGGCCCAGCACGUUGCUGUGAACGGGCUGGACAAAGGCUCCCUGGAGCACGAGACCAAGUACAGCCAGGCACCAAGCUGCCUUCCAGCUGUUGGAAGUUUUGUCUCUGCACCAACAAUGGCGCCUUAUCCUACAGCAGCACAGGUCUCCCCUUAUAUGGCGUACAGUGCUGCUCCUUCUGGUUACGUAGCUAGUCAUGGCUGGCAGCAUGCUGGGGGCACUCCACUUUCACCCCACAACUGUGAUAUUCCAGCUUCACUGGCUUUCAAGGGCAUGCAGGCAGCUAGAGAAGGUAGUCACUCCAUCACCGCCUCUGCACUCUGA